GCCUCCUCUUCGUCUUCUUCGUCGUCCUCCUCCGAAACCCUAAUUUUGGGAGGGAGAGAGAGAGAGAGAGAGAGAGAGAGAGAGAGAGAGAGAGAGAGAGUGCGAUGGGCGCGGAGUGUCGCUACGAGCUCUCCCAAACAGCCUACAUUAAGCUCGCCCUCCACGCCCUCAAGCAUCCUUCCUCCCCCGUCAACGGCCUCCUCCUCGGCCCCCUCCAAACCCCCGCCUUCGCCGCCGACCCCACCGUCGUCGUCUCCGACGCCGUUCCCCUCUCCCACUCCCAGAUCGGCCUCCUCCCCUCCCUCGAGCUCGCCCUCAUCCAGGUUGAGGAGCACUUCGGCGGCGAGGGGGUCGGCGUGGUCGGGUACUACCACGCCAACGAGCGGUUCGACGACGCGGAGCUCGGGAGCGCCGCGAGGAAGAUCGGGGAUCACAUCUUCCGAUACUUCCCUCGCGCCGCCGUGCUAUUGUUGGAUAAUAGGAAGCUCGAGGAGUUGGUGAAGGGGAAAGGGCGCGAUCCUGUUGUGCAGCUAUACACAAGGGAUUCAUCAAAAUCGUGGCGUCAAGCGGGAUCAGAUGGAGGCAGUCAGCUGGUCCUAAAAGAGCCCUCUGCCAACGUAGUCCUAAUGGAUUACAUUAGUACGAAAAAAUGGCAAGAAAUAGUUGAUUUUGACGACCAUCUUGAUGAUAUCAGCAAGGAUUGGUUGAACCCCGAUAUCUUCAAGUAAAGCUCUUUGCGGUGAUGGUUUCUGUAAGCUGCUUCUCUUUAUUAUCUGGCUCUUUGGAACGCAAUUUAUUAUCAUGUUUAGACACAAAAUUAUUAAUCUGUGUCCUCGAAUGAACGAACGGAGGACGAAGUAAGGUCCUGAACACAGGUAGUGAGAGUUUCUUCGUGUCAGGGUGAUUGAACCAAGGACCCAUAGCUGUUGCUUUCUAUAUCAAUUUUGCUUUUGUUUAGCUUGAAUUUCGGCCCCUCCAAAAUGGAUGAUUGACCAUUCUGCCUAGUAGACCUGAGUUUGUGUUUCC